CUCCAUAAAUAUAGCUAAGUUAAGAUCACAUUCUCACCAAGCAAAAACUCAAAUAUUCACAUCUUUAGGAUUAUCAUCAAUAUUCAAGAUGGUUCUUCAAACUCAACUUGGGUUGAACAAGCACCAAUCCUACGCUCACGAGCAAAACUACUGUUCCGACGGCAACCAUGGCGGCUCUAUGCAAAUGACAAGGCCUUCGGGCUAUUCCACCAUGCCAUAUGGUCAGUCCACUCAAAAUCACAUGAUGAUGGGUCAUGGUGGCCAACACCAUGGCGGACACUAUGGUAGUCAUGGACGUCAUGGGGCGCAUAUGCCCCAUGACUCCACCAACUUUUCAAGCAGCACCAGUAUGGUCCAUAGUGAUGGUGGCUAUGGUAGUGGAAUGCAGCAAUCUGCCCAUACCUCAUCGACCAUGAGCAUGGGGUCGACGAAUUAUCAUAGUCAUGGUUAUGGUGGCAGCCACCCUGGUCAGUACAGCCAGAGCCAGAAGUUCAACUGGGCUCUUAAGGAUUUGGAGGAAUAAAUUUAUGUUAAACUUGAUGCUAUCACAUAUAUGGUGAAAGUAUGUGUGUGUUUUGGUAGUAGCUUUGGCUAUAUAUAGCGUAAAGAACUACUACCUAAAUAAGCAAUGUAUUAAAUAAUCUACUGCUUUGCUUGAUUAUCUAUGUAUUUGUUUUAUCAUUUA